UGUGUGUGUGUGUGUGUGUGUGUGUGUGUGUUUGCUCAGGUCAACAAGGUUAGUGGAUGGAAGGGUGGUGAUGGAAGCAGACAGGUGCAGUCAUCAUCCACCGUCCACCUCCAAAGGUGCUGCAGCUCUUAGUGCAGCUGCCAAGAUGCUUCCAGAUGUGGUUCCUCAUUCAACUCUGAGCAGCGACGCGCUCCCAUCAUUACGUAACACAGCGUCUCUAAUCAUUACUUGAAUUCAUGCGAGGCUGCUCUCAUGCUAAUCUGUUUGUCUUGGCAUAAUCUAUAACCUGCUCGUGUAAGCAAGUCUUCACCUAAAACGUGGUUGUGUCACCGCCGCGGCUUAUUAAUAUUAUGUAAAGUGCGAUAACGCACACACUUGAUUGGUCAGAGUCAUGUUCUAAACAUAGAGCAGAUCUGAUCAACGGCUCCACGCGCCCACAGCAGGUGUCACUUCCUGAAGGUUAUUAACUUCACAUUCUAAGUGUUUGAGGGGAUAAUGAGCCGUUUCAAUAAAUAUUAGUGCAAUAAAGGCAUAACACACAGGGUCCUGUUCCUCAUCACAUAUUAAAACCAGAGUCCAACUAAAUUAAACUGCAUAAUACAUGAAGCAGAGCUGGUGGAGAAUUGAUUCUAACCUUCAGCCUUCACUUUGUUGGGAGGAAAAAUCUGGGUAUAAGUUUAAAGAGGUAGUUUUUUAUUUCAUCAUUCUUGAUUUUUUGAAAAAUCUGUUGGAGCAUAAAGAGUUUUAACCCAAUUUCAAAAAAUGUGAAAGCAUAUUUUCUUUGGGCGAGAAUAUUCAAGAACGAGCCUGUUUGGGAGAAGAACUCUGAGCCGAGCUGGUGUCAGUCAAAGCGACGAUGGGAAUGUGCUGUUCAUUUCCAGCCCAGUAGCAGGAGGAGGUUCCGUCAUCACGUCAACGCGGAUCUGAUCCACCUCCAGUGGAACAAUGAGCUCAAAGUAAAAUGUGUUUGGUAGCAGGUUUGUGUAAGUGCAGCGUCUCCUCUGGAAGACGUCUCUGUGUCCACAUCCCUAAUCAGCGUGUAAUUGGGUGAGUUCGAGCACAAAGCCUGACCUCAGCAGACUAAUUAACUGGUAAAUCUCACAAAGGUCAACAGUGUGCUGGCCAAGGAUGAAGAGGUAGCCACCAUAUGGCUAAAGAUGCCUCAAGAAGGGUGUCUUCACUGCUCUUUUAAUCUUUGGAGCUAAUUGCGUUUCUUGCCCCCAGUCUUGUGUCGGCGGCGGCUGGUGUCCGCACAGACAAAAUGUGCUCACGCUCUAAUCUGCUUAACUGCUUUCCACUUUGUUUUUUCACCCAUCAUGGGGCCUUGUUGUCGCGGAGCCCAAAUCUGCUGACAUUAACGCUAAUUUUGCUCAUCGCGCGGAUUCUGCUGCUAAAGUACAAGACAAAACACUGACCGUGAAACACUGGAGCCACGUUUGUUACGUUAAAGGCAGUGGAACAUCUGGAGCUCGAGGAGAGAGAGGAGCAACGGGUCAAAGAGGGACAAGAGGUAUUUGUCAGGUGCAUAUUGACUAAAUUAGCCCAACGUGUAUUUACUCAGCUUGUGCUGCCUAAGUAAAUGUCACAUACACGAUGAUUCCAGCUUCUUAAUAAUACAUGAGACGUGAAUGAACAAUUUUAGAGUCAUCUACAUGGGCUGUUCCAAACUCUAUAUUACUGCCUGUCUGACCUUUUUCUCAGCGGCCAAAGGGAAGACGGUGGUUUCUAGUUGUCAUAAAGGGCCCAACGCGAGCUAAUAGGCAGCCGCCCCGCUAACACUGGGGUCAUUAUGAAUAUGAAGCAAUCACACAGAUCAAAUAUACAGCGGGGGUAAAUGGAGCUGGAAGUUAGAGGCCAGAAAGGAGGAGGUGGGUCCAGUAAAUAUAAUAACAGGCACCUGACGUGCAGAUACCGAAGAGGAGCGCUGAGUGAUGAAGGCAGAGCAGACGCCGGCGGCCGGAGCCGGAGCCGGAGCCGGACGGGCCCCGGUCUAAGGUUACAGCUCUGCACGGCAGCCGCAGAGGAGCACCGCUGCUGCGUCUGGGUCCGGUGGUCCGAGCAGCACCGGCGUUCUGGCAAUGUGACUGAUUGAUCCAGUAGAUGAACAGUAAAGAUUAAGAGGAUGACAAAUGAGCAGGGUGCUUACACAGCGCUCGGGGCUAAUCCUCCCCCUCCACCCCCCGGGCUCCCUUUUGAGGAGCUGCCACCGAGGAGCACCCACAGACUGUGACGGACCCCGAGCAUGUGCAACAAGUGUCCGCUGGAGCUGGUGUCAGGACCCCCGACCGUCUGCGUCUGCGUCUGCGUCCCCGUCCCCGUCUCCGUCUCCGUCACCAUCUCCGCGCCGCAGCCUGUGGGACAGUAGAGGCUCGGCUGCCAUCUGCCCAUCGGGCCCCACGGAGGCCCCACGGAGGCUCGCUGCAGCUCGCCAGGGUUUCAGCUGCAGCACAGACGGAGGGAGGGAGCGUUGAGUUGGCUCGUCAGCGCGUUGCCUCUUAGAAGAGAAGAAGAAGAAGAAGAAGAGUUUUUUUACAGUAGUCGUUAGUCAAGGAGACGUUUUCCUGGAAAAUGAUGGAGGAUCACCUGUCGAAGAUCCCCAUGAUGUCGUCGUCUUCCCCGACGCAGUCGACGGGCAGUGGUGGGACUGACGACAGCAGAGGAGCCAAGAGCCCGGCCCCCGGCAAAGCCCUGAGCCCGGCGCUGGUCUGCAGAGUGUGCGGCGACACCAGCAGCGGCAAACACUACGGCAUCUACGCCUGCAACGGCUGCAGCGGCUUCUUCAAGCGCAGCGUGAGGAGGAGGCUCAUUUACAGGUGCCAGGCUGGAACGGGCCUGUGUCCCGUGGACAAAGCUCAUCGCAACCAGUGCCAGGCGUGUCGGCUGAAGAAGUGCCUGCAGGCCGGCAUGAACAAAGACGCCGUGCAGAACGAGCGCCAGCCGCGCAGCACGGCCCAGGUCCGUCUGGACUCCAUCGACGUGGACCCGGAGAAGGAGCACCUGGCCACCACGCGGGAGCCCUCCUCCUCCUCCUCGUCCUCGUCCUCCUCCUCGUCCUCCGCCGGCUCCGUCAUCACGUGGCCCCACAUCACGUCGUCCAUGUCCAUCAGCUCCUCCGCGGCCCCCCAGCGCUGCGUCAGCCCCCAGAACAACCACCGCUUCAUGGCCAGCCUCAUGACGGCGGAGACCUGUGCCAAGCUGGAGCCUGAGGACGUUGAUGAAAACGUUGACGUCACCAGCAACGAGCCGGAGAGAGCGUCGUCGGAGUAUCAGAUGGCCCUGUACCCGUCCAGCUCCGAGAACGUGUACGAGACCUCCGCGAGGCUGCUCUUCAUGUCCGUGAAGUGGGCCAAGAACCUGCCCGUGUUCUCCAACCUGCCCUUCAGGGACCAGGUGAUCCUGCUGGAGGAGGCGUGGAGCGAGCUCUUCCUCCUCUGCGCCAUCCAGUGGUCGCUGCCGCUGGACAGCUGCCCGCUGCUGGCGCUGCCCGACCUCUGCCCCGGCGUGCAGGGCAAGAGCAGCUACACCGGCCUGGACCUGCGCCUCCUGCAGGAGGCCUUCGGCCGCUUCAAGUCUCUGGCCGUGGACCCCACCGAGUUUGCGUGUCUGAAGGCCGUGGUGCUCUUCAAGCCUGAAACCCGAGGUUUGAAAGACCCAGAACAAGUGGAGAACCUGCAGGACCAGUCUCAGGUGAUGCUGGGACAGCACAUCCGCUCGCACUACCUCAGUCAACCCGCCAGGUUCGGGAAGCUGCUCCUGCUUCUGCCGUCGCUGCGCUUCGUGAACUCGGAACGGAUCGAGCUGCUGUUCUUCCACAGGACCAUUGGGAACACGCCCAUGGAGAAGCUGCUGUGCGACAUGUUCAAGAACUGAGCCCACUUGCUUUGUAUUUUAUGCGAUUCUGUGUUUUUAAGGUCGUUUGAUGAAGUUGUCGUUUCGUCCUCCUGCUUCUUGUACAUUUGUAUCAUAUUUAGACGUCGUGUCUCGUUCCAUCUGUCGGACCGUUCUGUGACAGUUACGGUGCAGAUCUUUGUUUGGUGAUAGAUGAAUAUUUGUCCCUGCUGUUCUUAUUAAUAAUAUUAAGUUUGAUGUCACAUGUUAACAAAGUAAAAACAGUUUGAAAACGUUUGUUCUCCUUUUUUUGGACAUUUAAGUAACUUUCAUUCUUUAGUUAAUGAACUUGUAUGACGUCACUGGACAGACGUUAAGGAUGAGGACCAUUUCUGUGCGCAGCA